AUGGAAAUUCCAUUUCAAGGAACUCCCUUCACAUGGAGUAAUCAGAGGCAUGGUAAUUUUCGUAUAGAAGAGCGCUUGGACAGAAUUUUUUUAACUUCUUCUCGGCAUAUUACGGUUUCAACAUCUGGUCAUAAGGGUUUAAUGCUCUAUACUGACGGCAAUCAGGAACAUCUUGUUUACCCUUUUGGCUUUGAGGCUUUUUGGAUUAUGGAGCCAUAUUUUAGACAUGUUGUAGAAGUCUCUUGGCGAACCAAUUCCUUGGGCUCUCCUUCUUAUGUUCUUUUAGCUAAGUUGUGGGAUCUCCAAAAGAUUCUUUAUCAGUGGAACAGAAUUGAAGUUGGCAAUUUGGAUUUUAGGCUGAAGGAUUUACGUCAUCAGUUAGACUUUCAUCAUUCUAUACCUUUCAAGCUCAGGAACUCUCAUUGGUACUCCCAUGAACAAUUUCUCUUAGCCUCUGUCAAGAGGACCACUGGGCAAAUUGAAAAACUAUGGGAACAAAAAGCAAGGCUUCGUUGGGUUCAAUUUGGUGAUGCCAAUACGAGAUACUUUCACAUUACUACUACUCAACGCAGAUCAAGAAAUAGAAUCUCAUCUCUCUCUCAUGGACUUGUUUCAGCUUAUCGCUUAGCUCUACCUGAGAAAGACACAAAAUUUGGCGAAAAGUUUGGCAUAUUCCUAUUGCUCCUAAAGCUCGUUCUUUCUUAUGGAAAUUACUCUUGGGAAAGACUCCACUUCCUUCACUUCUCAAGCAAAGAGGUUCUCACUUGGUUGACCAAUGCCCAUUUUGUUAUACUUCUCUGAUGUCAGCUGAUCAUUUAUUCUUACAUUGCUGCUAUACAAAGGAAAUUUGGGCUUUUGCUCGUCUUCAACAUAUUCCUUCUGCGACAACUUUAGUUCCAGCUUGGAUCACUUAUAUUCUUAAUAUUCCUUCCACUCGUCAAUCAAAGGAUUGGAUCAAUGUAUUGAUGGCUAGUGUGCUUCGGAAUAUUUGGCUAGAAUAUUUGAAUAUCAUUCAUAGAUCUCAAGUAAAGCCUCCUUUUCUGGUGGCCAAGAUUAGCAAACGUUUUGCUUUGGAGUUCUGUAAAGAGCCUAAUGAUUAUCAUGUUGCUAGCACUAUUCAGGUUCAGUGGAUCCCUCCUCAUCCUCAUUUUGUUAAAAUAAAUAUAGAUGGUUCCUAUCUUGGAUGUCCAGGACCAGCAGGUAUUGGGGGAGUGAUUUGCAACAAAGAUGGAACAUUUUUGUUGGGCUUUUGAUCUUAUAUUGGUACAUCUUUUGGUCUAGUUGCUGAGCCAUUAGCUCUUCGAAAAGCUCUUACUUUAGCUGUGGAGAAUGGUUUUCUUUCUGUUCAGGUGGAAAGUGAUCAUCUUCUUAUUGUUCACAUUAUGAAUGGAAUUGCUUUAGAAGCUCCUUGGCGGAUAUAUCAUAUUAUGCAAGAUUGUAUUAACUUGCCUCAUCAGUUUCUCCAUAUCUCCUUCCAUCAUACUCUUUGUCAAGGCAAUGGGGUUGCGGAUGCUCUCGCAUCUCAUAGUUCUGCUAGUAGAACCUUAGAUGUUUGGACCCUCCCCCUUUUGUGUAUCCUCUUAUCCUUGCUGAUGCUUGUGGGACCUUGUUUCCUCGGCUGUAAAACGUUUGGCCUCUCAGCAUAGUGCUAAUUAAGUUAUUUUUUCAUAAAAAAAAAAAAAAAAAAGACAAUGUCAAAAGGUUUAAAAUUGUUGCACAAUA